AUGGCACGGAAAUUGCCCGAAUCCUACGCGUCCCCAGACAUUACACUCGUCAACCUCACACAUCUUCUUGCUCGCCUCGAAAACAACCUCAUAUCUCCAUCUGCAGAUCUCAAACUUGUACAUCGAUCCCCCUACCAUCGAGCUAGAGUUGGCGCUGUGAGCAUACCAAGACAAUUCCUACAUAUGCAAUCCUGGCUAUCUACUGACUACUUCUCAAAGAAUAUCGAGUACUCGCGGACCCUGCUCAUGAAACUCGAACUCUCCCUCCCAAACAUCAAAAUCCAAGCUCGCAAAGUCUCUCUCCAGACAAACCUUGCCCAUAAACGGCAACAAAUUAAGGCUCUUAAAGCCCGGCUAGAUGAAAUCACAGCCAUAGCCGAAGCGGAGCCAGAUACUCAGACAUUCUCGUCGGACAAUGAAGAAGAUUUACUACCAACACCAAGCGAUAGCACACCAGAAACCACAUCUCCGCCGCCGCCAAAAUGUGCAGAUCUAGCGCCAACGAAGGAAGAAGAAACAAAAGAUGACGAGGAAGUAGACCAAAGCGAAGAAGGCCAGACUACCCAAGAAGGUAGACACAAUCAAGACACACUCAAUAUGCCCACAUCACCAACCCCGAUACAACCGCUAGAACCAUCACCAUCAAACACAUUACGCAGCAGACUCCACCACCACGACCAUUCAUCAUCAACCACGACCCCAACCGCUACGACAACAGCGACAUCCAACCCACCCUCAAACAUCUUUUCCCCCACCGCCCCACCGCACCCAUCGCAACAACAACAACCACAACAACAACGACCCCGCAAGCCGCCCUCUCCCAAAACGAAGCCGAACAAGACUCCCUAA